AUGUAAUAAUAAUCUGUUCCAAUUACAAGAUUAUAAAGAGAGUUUCGUUUGAAACCACUUGAGUUCUCAUCUCCUCAGAAGGAGAAUAUACAAAGGAUAGCAUCUAGAUAUCCUGAAAGUGCAGAUUAUAAUAGCAAUAAUGGUAAAUAUUAGGCUAAUUUAUCAUUGCCUGCACUGCCUCCUUUAAAAAAGUUGAGCAAGAUUGAGUAGACAGUUUCAAUUUAUAAGGGUAAGGCUGCUCGUUUGCCAUCUAUAUAAUUUACUGCAAGUGAGUAGUAAUUAUAAAGAAAAAAAUAAAUUUCAGAAAUAGAAGGAAUGAGGAAAUCAAUAACACCUGAGAAAAGAUAAGGCAAAAGAAAUUCUAUGAUAUUUGCAAUGAGAACUAAGGCUGGUUGUUAACCAAAUAAAGCAACAAAAAUUAAUUAAGAUGCGGCAAUUGUUUGUCCAAAAAAUGUUGAAAGGUAAAAAUACAAUAUAUUAAUAAUAGUGUUGGAUAUAAGUUGUUUGCAGUUUGUGAUGGACAUGGCUUAAAUGGUCAUAUGGUUUCAAAUUAAAUAAAAUAAUAAUUACCUAAACACUUAGGUAGGUUAUUGAAAGAUGCAGAGAACAUCGAGAAUUAGAUUCAAAAAGCAUUUACAAUAACUAAUAGGGAAUUAUGGAAUUCUGAAAUUGACACUAAUCUAUCAGGUUCAACUACAGUAUCAUUAUUGAUAACUAAGGAUCUUGUAAUUAAAUUAUUAUAUUGUAGAUCUAUUCAGCAAAUGUAGGAGACUCUAGAGCAAUAAUGUGUAGAUUUGAUGAUGGAUGGAAAGUUCUUCCUUUAAGUAGAGAUCAUAAACCUGAUGAUCCUGAAGAAAAAAAAAAAAUUUAAGAGGCUGGAGGACGAGUUGAAUAAUAAAAAGGUGUAGAUGUGAAUUAAAUUAAUAGAUUUGCAUGGAAAUCCAAUAGGACCAUUUCGAGUUUGGCUUUCCUAUAUAUAAGCUCCAGGAUUGGCAAUGUCUAGAUCACUAGGAGAUAAAGUGGGUGCUUAGGCAGGAGUGACUGCAGAACCAGAAAUUAAAUAAUAUGCUAUAACUGGAUAGGAUCACUUUAUUGUUGUGGCUUCAGAUGGAGUAUGGGAAUACUUAAGCAAUGAAGAGGUAUAUUAAAAUUCAAUUAGGUAAUGGAUAUGGUUAUUCCUUACUUGGAAAAAGAUAAUCCAGAUUAAGCAGCUGAACGUAUAAUCGUAGAAGCCACACAAGCAUGGAGAAGAGUAAAUUAGAUAUUAAAUUUUAGAAUAGUUUAGCUAGAGACGACAUUACUUGUAUAGUUAUAUUCUUAUAAAAGUGA